AGCAGCCAGCCCGCACGGACCCCGCGCGCCGAGCUCCUUGGCAGGCGGGCUGGCGGCUCCCGCGCUCUUCGCUGCCUGGCUCCCGCGCUGGCGCCGUGGCGCCCUCGCGCCGCUCGGGCUCGCGGCCACUGCGGCGCCCUCGGGUCGGAUGAACGAUGCUCAUCGCCGCCCGCCCGUGCGGCGAGGGCGGCCGAUGGGGGGCGCGGGGCAAGAGCGGCAUGGGCGGCGUGGAGCGCCACACGAGCGGCGCUGGUGGCGCGGCCGCCGCAUCAGAGGGGCGGACGCGGUCGCGGUGCUGCUAUUCCGGAGAUUCGAGGAAUCGAACGCCUGCUUCCUCACCGGGCCCCUUGCAGAGCUCUGCUGCGCGCCCGCAGCGGUACGGUCUGGACCGGCCGCGCUGGCCGAAUACCUCGGGCUGGAGGGCUAUGAGCACACGAGGCACGUGGGCCUGCUGAAGAGCCAGGCCCAGUGGUGGUCGCCCCAGACAGCCUCGCUGCACCUUGCCAGGCAGCUGGCCCUGGCGAAGGCCGCGGUGAGGGCGGCGAUCAACCAGAGUCAGGUGGAUCUGGGCCCGCGAGCAGGCGGCUUCGGAUGCAACUCCUGCUAGGAUCAGCGUGGGAGCUGCUAAGAGGAUAGAGGAUUAUAAGGGGAUGAUAUGGUGAGUGAUCUAUCUGGCCUAAACUGGCUUAUAAGUGGGUUACAAG